UUGACCUUGCUGUGGAUAGUUUCUUUUCCUGUAGCAAAGUUGAAUGACAAUCUGAGGGCGAGUGAUCUACCAGGCUUCCAAAGGAUUACGGUGAGGAUUGAAGAGUUAGCAGUGGCAUUGGUUUUCCCCCGGAAUGGCAAAUCUUCUACGUGCAAUGGUCACCAGCUGCUCCAGUCCUCUUUUCAGUACAGUGAUACCAGUAAAAUUGAAGGUAGUGAGGACCCAAUGUUUACAGCAAUUUAUAACUCAUCAGGCCCUCUGGUGCCAAAAGCCAGGAAUUCCCCAUAAACAAAUGACAGUAGGAGUCCCUAAAGAGAUCUUCCAGAAUGAGAAGCGAGUGGCUUUGUCUCCAGCUGGUGUUCAGGCUCUGGUGAAACAAGGAUUUAAUGUGGUGGUAGAAUCUGGUGCUGGCGAAGCAGCUAAAUUCUCCGAUGACCAAUACAGAGGAGUUGGUGCCAAAAUUAUAGGGACCAAGGAGGCCCUGAGUUCAGACCUCGUUGUCAAGGUUCGGGCUCCAACCUUCAACACUGCGCUGAGAAUUCAUGAGGCUGACCUUCUAAAAGAAGCGGCAACUCUGGUCAGCUUCAUCUAUCUAGCUCAGAACGAAGAGCUGCUUGAUAAACUCUCGCUGUGUAGGACCACGGUGUUAGCAAUGGAACAAGUUCCCCGAGUCACAAUUGCCCAGGGAUACGAUGCUCUUAGUUCUUUGGCCAAUAUUGCAGGGUAUAAAGCUGUGGUGUUGGCUGCAAAUCACUUUGGGCGUUUCUUCGCAGGCCAAAUCACAGCUGCUGGCAAGGUUCCCCCCACAAAGGUCCUUAUUAUUGGUGGCGGAGUUGCUGGUCUCUCUGCAGCAGGUUGUGCAGAAUCAAUGGGAGCCAUUGUGAGAGGAUUUGACACAAGAGCUGCAGCUCUUGAGCAGUUUAAAUCUUUGGGUGUAGAACCCUUGGAAAUUAACAUUAAAAAGUCUGGAGAAAGUACAGGAGGUUAUGGAAAAGAAAUGUCCAAGGAGUUCAUUGAAGCAGAGAUGAAGCUGUUUGCCAAGCAGUGUCGAGAGGUCGACAUAAUCAUCACUACGGCCCUUAUUCCUGGCAAGAAAGCUCCUUUAUUGAUUACCAAGGAAAUGGUUGAGUCGAUGAAGGAUAGAUCUGUUGUUGUGGAUCUGGCUUCUGAAGCUGGAGGGAACAUUGAAACCACUAAACCUGGAGAGCUUUAUAUACGCAAGGGGGUGACUCACAUCGGCUACACAGAUCUUCCCAGUCGACUAGCUACCCAGUCCAGCACGUUGUACUCCAACAACAUCAUUAAACUGUUGAAAGCUGUUAGCCCCGACCUGGAAAACUUUUACUUAGAUUUGAAGGAUGAGUUUAAUUAUGGCACAAUGGAUCAUGUGGUUCGAGGAACUGUGGUGAUGAAGGAUGGAAAACUGAUCUUCCCAGCACCUCCACCACAGAAUAUUCCAGUAAGUACUCCGGUGCAGCAUAAGAAAGUGUCUGAGCUGGAGGCUGAGAAGAAAGAAGUAAUUUCUCCGUUUAUCAAAACUAUGAACACAUCUGCUGUCUGCACAGGAGGUCUAAUUACUUUGAUGGGACUCGGAAUUUCUGCCCCUAAUGUUGCAUUCACACAGAUAGUGACUAUUUUUGGACUUGCUGGACUUGUUGGAUAUCAUACUGUUUGGGGAGUCAUUCCAGCUCUUCACUCCCCUCUUAUGUCCGUUACUAAUGCCAUCUUAGGUUUAACUGCAGUUGGUGGGUUGGCAUUGAUGGGAGGAGGUUAUACACCAGGAAAUAUUCCAGAAUUUCUUGCUUUGAUGGCAGCUUUCAUUUCCUCAGUUAACAUUGCUGGUGGUUUCUUAGUCACAAAGAAGAUGCUGGAUAUGUUUAAACGACCCAUUGAUCCCCCAGAGUAUAAUUUUCUGUACCUGCUGCCUGGUGGGGCUUUUGUUGGAGGUUAUGCAGUUGCAUUGGACAAUGAUUAUUCUAUUGAACAGCAUAAUGUUGAAUUCAAUCAUUUUAUGAUUGUGAUUAGUUUAUCCACCAACGAAGCAGCAAGACCUUUACACUUUACAGCUGCCAGACUGUUUGCAUCUUCCAGUGCCCUUCCAAACAGUCAGUCUCCAGAGGUAACGGCUGUCAACGACUGUCUCCCGGUCGUCAGUGUCAGUGUCCGCUACCUUCAUAUCUCGUUUGCAGGUAUUGUUGUAGCAGAAGGUCACAAUCUUGGCAUCAUGCAUAUCCUGGGCCACUUUCCCAUCAUGCCUCAUGUGUUCUUGGACAUUAGAAUUACCACAGAGAUGUGUGGGAACAAAACUGCACAGGUCCCUGACAUUCCCUGUGUCAAGCAGCAUCUGGAUAUUCUGACAGAGUUGUUACCAAUGGUCAUUAGCAUCCAGCAGUCUGUUGGAAUUUACUUGGAACAGCUCUUAUUGUUGAGCGGAGACUCUAAGCUCCAAGCACCUAUUGAAACAGAUGGACUAUGGCAGGUCAGCACCUUACUAGUCAUGGACUGCCAGACAGGAGGACUGGGAAUUGCCGUGCGUAUCCAGAUCUCUGAGCUCCCUCAGCUGGUUGCUGCUUUCCACAGUCUGGUCGGUUUAGCUGCCAUGCUUACCUGUGUGGCUGAGUACAUGGUGGAAUAUCCUCACUUCAAUAGAGACUCUGCAGCCAGUUUGACCAAGAUCAUAGCCUACCUUGGCACCUAUAUAGGUGGGAUGACAUUCAGUGGCUCUCUAGUUGCUUAUGGCAAAUUACAAGGUUUGCUGAAUUCAGCUCCACUCCUUCUUCCCAGGCGCCACUUUCUGAAUAGAAGCCUCCUGGCCAGUGCUGGAGCAAUAGUUCCAUAUAUGCUUGACCCAAGCUAUGCAACUGGUAUUGCCUGUUUGGGUUCUGUAUCUGCUUUUUCUGUGGUUAUGGGUGUAACAUUAACAGCUGCUAUUGGAGGUGCUGACAUGCCUGUGGUCAUCACUGUGCUUAGCAGUUACUCUGGCUGGGCCCUGUGUGCUGAAGGGUUUCUGCUGAACAAUAAUCUGCUAACUAUUGUUGGUGCCUUGAUUGGCUCCUCUGGUGCCAUCCUCUCCUACAUCAUGUGUGUGGCCACGAAUCGCUCUCUAGUCAAUGUGAUUGUCGGUAGUUAUGGUACCGCCUCUACUGGCAUUGGUAAACCUAUGGAAAUCACUGGCACUCACACUGAAAUUAAUGUGGACCAAACGGUUGAGAUGAUCAAAGAGGCCAAUGAUAUCAUCAUCACUCCAGGAUAUGAUCUUUGUGCUGCUAAGGCUCAGUACCCCAUUGCUGAACUCGUCAAAAUGCUCAUAAACCAAGGAAAGAAAGUUCGGUUUGGAAUACACCCUGUUGCAGGACGAAUGCCCGGACAGCUGAAUGUGCUGCUUGCUGAAGCUGGAGUUCCAUAUGAUAUUGUAUUGGAAAUGGAUGAAAUCAAUGCAGAUUUUCCAGGAACUGAUCUGGUGCUAGUUAUUGGAGCAAAUGACACAGUUAACUCAGCAGCUCAAGAAGAUCCAAAUUCAAUCAUCGCUGGAAUGCCUGUGCUGGAAGUCUGGAAAUCUAAACAAGUCGUUAUGAUGAAGAGAUCUCUGGGAGUUGGCUAUGCUGCUGUUGACAAUCCAAUCUUUUACAAACCCAACACUACUGCCAUGUUGUUGGGUGAUAUAAAGAAGACCUCUGCUGCCCUGCUUGCAAAAAUCAGAGAAUCAGCUGAAUCCAGCUAAAUGCAACAGAAUGUUUGACAGCCAAGGUUUUUUAAGUAAGCGCGUUAAUCAGAAGCAAAUCGCUCAAAUUAACUAAAUACAACAUAUAAAUUGGUGGAUCUAUAGGUUUUGAAAGGGAAAGGUGGUGUACACAGGUACUUGGAUUGAAAGCUUCCUUGGUUUUUUCAAGUACUUGUUAACCUUUUAUACUGAAGUGUGGGAAUUGUUUGCAUACUGUACGGAAUGACACCAUUGGAAGUUAAAUUUUCUGAUUUUAUAUCAAGGAGAAUAGUUGCUCACUAUGUAUUUUCAGUAGCUUUGUGAUGAGGCAUGGCGCAAAUGAAUUUUUAUCUGGAAGUUCUGUGCACUACGCUGAUCUACUAAACAGCAAGCAUGUUUCUGGUUGCUUCUUUAACAGAGAAACCAUAUGAUGUGGACUACAUGUGUCCUUUGUUAUAAAAUCCCUUUUGCAAAGGCGCCAAAGGUGAUCUACUCUUUAAUAUAUUAAAUAUUCCUAGGCCAGCAAUUAUUCAACAACAACAUUUGGAAUAUGCACAACUGAAUAAAUAUUGUCAGAAGGCCAAUAUGUGCUCAACAAACCACAUGCUUCAAAAUAGUAAUUUCUUUUCAUAGAAAUAUCAGCCAGUGAAAUAAUAGAAAUAUCUUUUUAUAUUGCAUUGAAAGACUUUGUGCCAGAUAUUCUACCAUAUAUAUAUACUGAUAAAUUGAAUUUUGAUUUUCAGUUGAUUACAGACCUAAAAUUUUAUCUAAGAUGUGUCAUAGGUGCAGUGGAAAACGGCCAACGGGCUAUAAAACUAUGGGCCGUGUUGUGUGUAUUGUGCAAAAGUGAGAGACAACAAAAGGCAGUUAUAUCAGAUUAGUAUGGAAUCUACAGUAUUUGUCAUUUUAUGAAAUAUUUUGAGGAACUUGUAAAAUCACAAUGAAGCAAAAUGUUUACAUAACCAAUAUCUAUAUAUUGGGACCACCUCUAAAAUCUUUUUGAAAGACCUAUUUCAAUAUUUUUUAUGGUUAUCUUUUAAGUUUCUUGCUAGCUCAAUUCACAAUGCCCAACUGUUGCUGAUCUGUAUCAAUGGUAUUUUCUUUAUGAAUGCUAUUUAAAUUGCAUUCUGCCACAUAAGAGUGAUAAGAAUUUUGACUUAUUAGUCCUUGCAAUGAGUUCCAAUAAAGUUAUAUUUUUAAUUUUAAUUUUGGGUUUUAAGAUCCAUCAAACAGUAAAACUGGCAGCUAGUUUUAAUUAGUGUGUUGUGUUGUUCAGUUUGUUCUGUGGUCAGAUCACAGAAUAGUUUACAGUGCAGGGCAUUGUGUAACAAAUCUAUUCCAUAAGCAAAAAGGGGGGAAAUUCCAUCUAACAAAACGUAACAUUCGCAAAUAUUUAUGUAAUGGUUUAAAUGCUUAGAACUUUAGAUCACUUUGGCUGUAAAGUAUUUGGUUACUUAAAGAUGUAAAGGUGCUACAUGUUAU